AAAAGCAUUUCACUGUGUCCAACUGCUGCCGUUUGACGUCCUGUGCCUCUGCAGACAAGUCCAAGGAGCCGAACAUAACCUGAGUGAUGAAUCCGAAGGGGGAUAAGCCGAAGUCGAAGAUUUCGGCUUCUCGCAAGCUCUCCCUCAAAAUGCUGCUCCUCACAAGAGCUUGUGAGGAUCUGGAGCGAGAGAGGCAGGAAAGGGAGGAAGAAAAAGCUCGCUAUCUUGGAGAAAAGUUGCCUCCAUUGCAGCUCUCUGGAAUGUCUCUGGAUGAGCUACAAAAUCUGUGCAAGCAGCUUCACGAAAAAAUUGAUGUUGUGGAUGAAGAGCGAUACGACUGCGAAUCCAAAGUGAACAAACACAACAAAGAUAUCCACGAGUUGAAGCUGAAGGUGCAGGAUCUUGGAGGCAAGUUCAAAAAGCCUGCGCUGAGGAAGGUGAGGGUGUCGGCCGACGAAAUGAUGAGAGCGCUGCUGGGCUCCAAACACAAGAGCUCCAUGGACCUCAGAGGCAACCUCAAGUCUGUCAAGAAGGAGGAUGUCAAACAGGACAAGGUGCUGACUACCGAAGUGGGCGACUGGCGUAAGAAUGUGGAGGCCAUGUCAGGUAUGGAGGGCCGCAAGAAGAUGUUCGACACAGGUGGCGGUGCGCAGUGAGCCGCAACGGCCGGAGAUGAUCGAUGAAGAGCGAGAACAGAUGGAUGUACUUUGGGCUGAUGCAAAUAACAUCAUGUUGCAGUAAUAGAUUUUUUUUUAAUUCCUAGAUUGUUUUGUUAUUAAUCAAUAAAAGUCUAACUGCAUAAUAAGACAUGAGCACUGGUGACAUA